GCUCUUCUACACGUAUGUGAUCAUGUGUCAGCAAGCCACUCAUGCUCAAAACAGUCAGAACCCCCUUAUAAUCAGAACAGAGACCAGCUGAAAGGCUCCCCACCACCAUAUCAACAUGGAUUGCGGAAUUGUUACAUCGAAAAUAGUCAUUUUGCUUCUAAGUUUAAUAUUUUGGGCUGCAGGGGGUGCCCUUGUCUAUGUAGGCUCUUAUGUGAUCAAGAGCUACAGCAACUUUGACAACUUCCUGCAGGAUAAGUACACGUUCAUCUCGGCAGGCAUCAUCAUACCUGUGGGAGUGGUGAUGUUCAUCAUCGGGACUGUGGGCUGCUACGCCACCCUGAGAGAAUCCAAAGUGGGCCUUAGCUUUUUCCUGCUGGUUAUCCUGGCUAUCUUUGCAGCAGAGGUCACUGCUCUAGUGUAUGGGAUCAUCUACCAAAGAAGGAUAAAAGGGGACUUGGAGCGGACAAUGAGUGAUGUGUUCCUGAAGUAUGAUGGUCAGAACUCUGACACCCAGGCUGUGGAUUACUUGCAGUCUCAGUUGCAGUGCUGUGGAGUGCAGACCUACCAGAACUGGACUACCAACCCCUGGUUCAGCAGCAUUAACAACGCUGUGCCCGUCUCCUGUUGUAAAGGGAACAACACAGAGUGUACAGGCAAACUGGACCAGCUAGACCUGCUCAAUACCCGGGGUUGUGAGGGUAUGCUGGAACAGCUCCUUCAGGAUGUGAUGAGUUAUGCCUUGCUGGUCAUCCUUGGAUUUGCCAUCUUCAAGAUUUUCGGGACGCUCAGUGUGUGUGUGAUCACGUGUAAAGUCAGGAGAGGUGGCUACCAGUCCCUGGAUGCCUGAUCCUGUUGGCUUGAAGUAUACUUCUGAGGCUUGUCUUGCACUCUCUCCUGGCCCCUGACUCCUCUCCCCUUUCUCCAGCACUGAGACUAUAGAGCCUUAGGACUUAUGUUCCCCACUCCAAGAUUUUAGCAACCUUUCAGGAACAUUCUUACAGUUUUCAUUCAGCUUUCCUAUGUAGUUGUCAGCCCACCAAACGUUGGGCAAACCACUGUCAUCAUUUGAAGCAUUGGAAACCACAAGAUGCCAUUUUUUUUAAAGAUAGUUGCAAAUAGGAAUUUCCUGCUGUGCAUACUGAAAAAAUAAGAAAGGGUUUGCUCAGUGACAUAUCAGUAUUAUGGGGUACACUCCAUUUUAAAGAGGCAAUCUGAGACUCAAACAAUAACAAAACGGCUAACCAUGCAAUUGUUUUGGUAAACUGUUGAUGGAUGGUGCUGGAGAAAUGUAACCAUUCUCAAAUUCAUAGACUGAUCUAUGGAUACAGAGACUAAACCAUAUAUUAGAUCAAAAUGAAUGUUUUCCUUUAAAAAAAAGUGGUACAGUGUUUGUUUACAAUCACAUUGUUUACAAACAAAUGGAGUAAAAAGGCUUAUAUUUUGGGUCCUGAUGGGGUAAGACAGUUUAACUAAGCUCAUGAGGCUUUUAAGUAAUAUUUUUCAAUAAUCAAUUGCUAUAUAUCAUUAAUUUGUUGACCAAAAAUGUAUGUGCCACUCCCAGAUUGCCCCUUUUUUUUAAGGCUUGAAAUGUUAUGUUGAAACGGCCAAGGACGUUUUUAAUACUUCAACGGAUCAGGGCAGUAGGCUCUGUUUAAUCAAGACUGGAUUGUCUUGGAUAUACAGUAUUAUUACGUUACGAAAGGACUGUCAAGGUUAUUUGGGAAAUGAUUUGAUAAAACUAAGGGACAGUUUGAAAUGUACUAGAGGGUGGGGUGGUGUCAUAAAGAAAAUGCACCCCCCCUCCACAAAGUAAAAAUAUUUUCAAAUGACCUUCCUCUUGUACUGUUAAAAAAAAAAGUAUACAUCGCACACUCUGCCCACUCAUAGAGUUAACUCAAAAUAAUGUUUGACCACAAAUAAUAACUGUAGUGACCCUGUGUUUAUGAGCGUGGAUAUUGACUUUUUGCCACUUCAGCAUGCCUUUGUGGCACUGUCGAUGCCACACAGGGCUACAGGCCUUGAAGGUUGAGUGUUUGUCGACCACCACGGACUAGCUCCCUGCCUGUUUCAUUAGGGCUUACACUAUGAUCGGAGCCGGCUGCAGACAAUGACCAACAAGAGGAAUCUGAUUUUUUUUAAAACAUUUUGAUGCCAUAUUUCUCAUUAUAUUAAAAUAUAUGGAAUGAAUUUUCCACUGACAGGUUUCUGUGCCAAUGCACCACACAACCAAUAAACAAAGCAUACCGACUUUGGGUGUUUCAGAUUUUGGAUUAAUUGAUUUUAUUUGGCAGUAAAAAAGUGACCCGGGUUGCAAUGUGGUCCCUAUUUUUACACAACUACAUAUACACUUACAUAGAUGCAGGCAAAAGUUUAUACUUUUCACACAUUAGCCAGCUUUUUUGACAUUUUUUAGAAGUGUUUAUUGUUGGUAUGGCUUUGAGUUGCUGGUAUAUAAAAAUGUGUUCUUACCAGAUAGACUUUUAGAUUUAAAACAAUGAAUAUUAGAGUGUCCGGCUCUGGUAUUAUGCUGGUGGACAUAUCUAACAGUUUUAAGUACAAUUCUUAAAAGGUUGUUUGCCACUGGAUUAGUGCACUUGCCACAGUCUAGGGUGUCAAUUCCAUCCAAUUGGGGAAAGAUUUUCAUGCAAAUAUUCUAUAAUCUGCAUAAAAACAAAAUGCGCAUUUUCCCAUCAGAGUUGUUUUUCUAUGUAAUUGACUUGUUGCCACAGUCUAGGGUGUCAAUUCCAUCCAAUUGGGGAAAGAUUUAUGCGAAUAUUCUAUAAUCUGCAUAAAAACAAAAUGUGCAUUUUCCCAUCAGAGUUGUUUUUCUAUGUAAUUGACUUGUUGCCACAGUCUAGGGUGUCAAUUCCAUCCAAUUGGGGAAAGAUUUAUGCGAAUAUUCUAUAAUCUGCAUAAAAACAAAAUGCGCUUUUUCCCAUCAGAGUUGUUUUUCUAUGUAUAAUUGACUUGUUGCGUCUUUGCGUAAAUACGCAGUGCACAUAACAAAUAAAUGUUGCGGUUAAAUUUCCAUGUACCAAAAUAAAAAACUACAAGUUAAA